AUGACUGCCUCUGUUCUAGGCGCUCCUCAUCCGCCACCGCCGCCGCCACCUAAUUCUGGGAUUUUCAAUAAUAUUACCGUAUUCGCACCUCCAGAAUCAUGGUCAUCCCACAGCACUUCCUAUGCCCGGAGUCUUCUUCUAGACCAGAAUUGUGAGACCGAAAACGUACUACUGGCCUCUUGGACGUUCAGUCCACCAGAUGGACCAUAUCUCCCUAUUGCCAAAUCAACCGACCUCGGCCACUCUUGGAAUGAGAUUUCUCGGGUAUAUUUCACAAAUCGAAAUUACACGGGUGGAAUUAUCUUACAACCCUUCUUGUUUGAGCUUCCCCAGAAGGUCGGACAAUAUCCGGCAGGCACAAUACUUGCGACGGGUAAUGCGAUUCCAGCAGACUUUUCGUCUACAAAUAUUGAGAUUUAUGCUAGCAAGGAUCAUGGCCUAACCUGGGAGUUUGUAUCCGUUGUAGCAACGGGUGGAGCGCCGAACACCGACAAUGGAGCAACGCCCGUAUGGGAACCUUUCAUUGGCAUCUACAAUAACCAAAUACUGGUCUACUAUUCAGACCAACGUGACCCUCUGCACGGACAGAAACUCUCGCUACAGACCAGCUAUGAUCUCUCACAUUGGGGCACAGUCAUCAACGCCGUGGCAUACGGGAACUACACCCAAAGACCUGGAAUGGCUACCGUUGCGCAAAUCGGAAAUGGGAAGUGGAUGAUUUCUCAUGAGGUCGGCUUGGCUCCCCAGGGAGAUAUCGCCCCCUAUGCGGUUCAUUACUCAAUCGCCGAUAGUCCAUUAGAAUUCGAUUCAGCCCCUUCUCAUCUUCUCCAAGCUCGAAACACGGGUACAAUCUCUUCCGCAGGUCCAUACACGGUGUGGACUCCCGCCGGAGGACCGUCUGGUACAAUCGUUGUCAGUGAUUCGACUUAUUCACAGGUCUUCAUCAACAAGAACGAUGGUGAUCCGAACAUGUGGGAAGAAAUUGAAACUGGGCUUGGUGUCUCUUAUACAAGGGGCUUGAGGGUGAUGCCUGAUGAAAGUGUCAUUCUCUUUUUGAAUGGGGGAUAUUAUGGAUUGCCCGCUGCUACAGUCACUGCGGGAGAGUGGAAGGUCCCUGGACCUUCGUCUUCGAGAGACACAAUUUCCAACUGCAAAAAUCCUCAMAAGCCGUAA